UCAAAACAUUUCACAUCUGGGAUUUACAUAACAGCGACGAAUACGCGUUGUAUGCGCUCUAAGUUAUUGCUUCCAUCCAAAAUACUUAUAACUUGAUACCCAAUGUCGUCUAUCAAAUAUAUCGGUCGCACUACAGAUUUCAAAGGUAAAACGCUAUGGGAAAUAGUCGGUAACUUGAAGAACUUCGGCGUUGGUAGAGUUGUCGUCAGAAGUAUGUUUGAGCGGUAUCCGGAACCAAGUUUUAUGCGAAUUGUAAAGGUUGAAGCGCUGCCCAAUGAAGAAACCCGCAAAGUGAAAAUUACAGUGGAAAAAACCUUUCGGGGAAGAAAAUUUCCAAAAUUAGUUGAAAUCAACAGUGUGUCCUACAAGGCCGACUAUCGUUUGCUGCAUAAACAUGAAGAACAGGGGUAUUGUCGAACUUUGGAACAGGAGGAAAAGAUAAUUCCACGGGAAAUUGAUAUGCCACCACUGUUACGGGAUUUUAUUGCAAAGGAAACUGGCAAGAGCAAUCCGAAACUCGAGAUUAGAAUCAAACCAGGUCACAACAAUGUCUAUCGAUUAGCGAAAGAAGGUGAAUCGCCUAAUGUAGAACUUUCCAUGGGUAUAGGUAAACCUGCAAGUCCUAGUUUAUAUGCGAAUUGUGACAUUUAAAUACGGGAUUUAAUAAACGUGUUAAUUUAGUUCAAA